CACGUCUAGUCUUUCUAUAUCUUAAGUCUGGAUAGAGUAGAGGGCGUUCGUUCUUAAAACAUAAAUUCAAAGCCUCCCGAGAGCUUGCCAUGUGCUUGUUUUAAGUUAGGUUAAAUGUUCAAAACGUAUAUUUAAAAUAGACACCAUGUCAUUUUUUAUUCGAAAUAAACAAGGUGGCAGUGGAACCAAAAGAAAGUUCAAUGGUCAUGGUGGAUCUACAAAAGGAAAGAAGGAUGUAAAGAAACCUGUGACUGAUGACAAUGAAAGUAUUGCUAGUACAGAUGAAGAACUUGCAGAAGAAAAUCAGAGACAUGAAAAGUAUGAGAGUGAAGAAGAAGAAGAAGAAACUGCCCAGGAAAAGCGUAUAAGACUUGCAAAGAAAUAUCUUGAACAAAUAGAGGAAGAAGAAAGGGAUAGGACAGAAUUUGAACAGGGAGCUGUGACAAAACGUUUACAUGAAGAAUAUUUGGAAGAAAAAGGAAGGUUACGAAAGACAGUAGCUUCAAAUUAUAUUAGUCAUGGUGAACCAAUUAUCCUGAAAUGCAAAGAACAUAAAGGUUCAAUAACUUGUUUAUGCCUUUCAAGCAAUGGAAAUUUCUUAUAUUCUGGUUCAAAGGAUGGUGGUUUGGUUAAAUGGUCUUUAAAAGAUAGAACAAAGUUAAAAGUUAUUAAAAGAAAAAAGAAAGCACAAGAUGGAAUAAAAUGCGUACAGUGCAUGGCCAUUAGCACUGACGGUAAAUUUUUGGUAGUAGGAGAUAGUGGCUGUAAAGAGAUUAAGGUAUAUUCUGGAGAUACCUUGGAUCACAUAAAGAAUUUACAAGGUCACAGAGGCAGUGUGACUGGUUUAGUUUUUCGCAAAGGUACACAUACGUUAUACUCAGCUUCUGAGGAUAGAAGUGUAAAAGUAUGGAAUUUAGAUGAUAUGGCAUAUGUAGAGUCCUUAUUCGGGCACCAAAGUAGCAUUACAUCAAUUGACGCCCUCGCGAGGGAAAGAGCUAUAACCAGUGGCGGUUUUGAUGGAACGGUUCGAAUUUGGAAAAUCAUCGAAGAAUCGCAGCUGAUAUUUAAUGGGCACGGUGGUAGUAUAGAUUGUGUGAAGCUCAUAAAUGAAGAAAACUUUUUUAGCUGCGGAGAUGAUGGGCAGUUAUGUGUUUGGGGUUGUUUAAAGAAAAAGCCUUUAUGCUCGGUAGCGGACGCACAUGGUAAAGAUGAAAGUAAUAAUCAACCAAUGUGGAUUUCUAGUAUAGCUACUUUACUUAAUACAGAUUUAGUUGCAUCAGGAUCGCGGAAUGGAAUCAUUAAAUUAUGGCAGUGCGGUGACUCCUUCAGGUCACUGGAUCCACUAUUUGAAAUUCAGUUAAUAGGUUUUAUAAACGCGCUAUGCUUUACUCCGGAUGGAACUCAUCUUAUCGCUGGGGUCGGUCAAGAGCAUAGGCUUGGAAGAUGGUGGCGUAUCCCGGAAGCAAAGAAUAGUAUUGUUAUAGUACCGUUAAUUCAAAAGAAAAACAAAUAAUUUAUAUAAUAAGAAAAAGGGAUAUAUUUUAAUGAAUCAAUGAAAUUUGUCAUAAAGAAUGUGUAUAUAAAUAUGUAUAGAAUGAAUCUUUUUAUGCAUUAAAGAAAAGCGCUGUUUAGUAUUUUAUAA